CGGCCAGGAGCACGCCUAGUGGACACCCACGGUGAACGCAUUUCGUGGAACCUGGAACACCCAAAAAAGGACUCCGAUGAGCUUGAGGAGUGGCCCAAGUGUCGAUCGGGCGCUGCUUUCCGCGCGUACCGGUCGAACAGGCUCCUCGUGAGUAAAGGCCGCGCGUGCGGGCGCGCGGUCUCAUACGACGCGGAGAUGAUAGCAGGGGGUAUGGGCAUCGCGUUCGCAACCAAGCAGGUAUGCGAGACGAUACAUGUGGUGGCGGACAAUGAGUCCGCGCUCAAAACUCUACUGGACCCCCGUCCGCACGGGCAACAACUAGUGUCAGUGAUCGCAUGCGCCAAUGCGCGUGAAUGGCUGGACAAGGAUGCGUGCCGGCGCAUCGUGUUCCACUGGUGCCCAUCGCACACCGGGAUCGAAUGGAAUGAGGCGGUCGACGCAGAUGCGAAAGCGGCGGCCGAACUGCCUCAGGAGCGCGAGCAGUGCUCAGCGGCGUUCGCGCGCCACAUGCUGGCGGUGCGGCUGAAGUCUGAGUGGCGGGAACAAUACCGCAACUCGCGCCCAUACGCGGGCCACGACUUCCUGAGGUUGCGGGUGUUCGACCCGCCAAAACACACAACCAGCGCUGCACUGGGAGCGCACGGACACUCGCCUGCAGCGAUGUCUCGAUUCUGCCGCGCGGUGCUCAAUCAUGCGCCCAUCGGAUCGUUC